GGCAGGGAGGCGGGGCGCUCGGCCGGGGGCGGAGCUGCGGCCGCGAGCCCGCCCCCCGCUCGCCCUCCGCCGGCCGGCUGGCGCGGCCAUGGAGGUCUACAUCCCGUCCUUUCGCUACGAGGAGAGCGACCUGGAGCGGGGAUACACGGUGUUUAAGAUAGAAGUACUAAUGAAUGGAAGAAAACAUUUUGUUGAAAAAAGGUACAGCGAAUUUCAUGCCUUGCACAAAAAGCUUAAGAAAUGUAUAAAAACUCCAGAAAUCCCUUCUAAACAUGUUAGGAACUGGGUCCCAAAAGUCUUGGAGCAACGACGACAAGGUUUGGAAACAUAUUUACAGGCUGUCAUUUUAGAAAAUGAAGAGCUCCCCAAGCUGUUCCUUGAUUUCCUAAAUGUGCGACACUUGCCCUCUCUACCAAAGGCAGAGAGUUGUGGAUCGUUUGAUGAGACAGAAUCUGAAGAAUCAAGCAAACUGUCCCACCAGCCGGUGCUACUGUUCCUCAGGGAUCCAUACGUCUUGCCUGCAGCCAGCGAUUUUCCAAAUGUGGUUAUUGAAGGAGUUCUCCAUGGGAUAUUUUACCCUCAUCUGCAGCCCAGGUAGAAAUCCUACAUGGCUGGAAGGAGCUGAAGCAGGUCUCACGGAAAUCGAUACCUACCAAAUUAACCUAAACUCUAUGACAUAACAGCUCUAGCUAGUGGUAAAAUUCACAGUCCCAGCUUAAUUCAGGGCAGGGACAUUUCCAUUAGAAUGGUGCUUUUAAAAAUAGAAACUGAACCCCGGGCGGUGCUGAGGUUAGGGCCGAGCAUUUGAGAAGGAGAAGGUAGCUGCCAAUUUCGAACCUGGUGAGAAGGUUGUAGAAUGUCCCUGUGAGCACCGAGCAUAACAAAACGAAGGUGCUCUCUGCUUUCGUUGCACCACUUGCUAAUUGAACAUCUUAUCCUGAAACAUACAGAGACUCAUCUACUUCGGUAACUUUUUGUCGUUGUUGUUCAGAUUUCGUGACACACUAAUCUUUUCAUCAUGAGAUUUUCUCCGUCAGCGAUACGUGUAUUCUGAAGUGCCCGCACCGGGAGAGUAUCACAGAAACAUGCUGUGCUAAAUGUGAGAAUGGAACUAAACUGGAAAUUAUAUUUCGCUGUCAAUGUUAGGGCAUUUUUAAAAAACCAUGUCAUUUCUAUUUACAUUGCAGUAGGGUUGCAUCUUACCUAGGAAUUCGCUUCUGGGG